AUGCCGGUUGCUCUAUCCCGCGUCGCCCUGCGACACUCGCGAUUAUUGAUCCGAAGAACUGCCUUCAGACAGAACUCCACAGCCUCAGAAGCUGCUGCCAAGACAAAAGAUGCUGCCUCAUCCGCCGCAUCCAAAGCAUCGGAGGGCCUUUCAAAAGUGACGGCCACUGCGGGACCUGCAAUUGCGGGGGCUGUUUCUGGAAUCGGUGCCUUAAUACCCCCCACGAUUUAUUAUUCGCGGGUAGCUUUUGAGGUCUCCAAGAUUGUCUUCCAUGCUCAAAAAAUGGCACCACCAAACCUAGCUACAUUCCAAGCUUAUUUCCAACCAUUCCUCGCAUCUCUCCGCACGCCUUCGACCGCAAUCUCUAACCUGAAUAUCUCCUCCUAUAUUACCAAAAUCAAAAGCAUGGACCGCAAGCAACUCGCCAUUGUCGGCGUGACUGCAGCAGAAAUUAUCGGAUUUUUUUCUGCUGGUGAAAUGUUGGGUAGAAUGAAGAUCGUCGGAUAUAGAGGCGAACCCAGUCAUGAGCACUAA